GGCAGGUCCGCGCGUCGCUGCGGUCGCACCUGGACGCCGUCCGCAAGGUGGUGUGCGUUGACGACUUGGUGGUCUCCUGCAGUGAAGACGGCCUGGUGAAGGCGUGGGACCUCGCCGCGCUGCACCGGGCGGACUGGCAGCCGGGCGGCGGCGGCGACGGCGAGGCCGUGCCGGUGACGGCGCACGCGACCUACAGGGGCCACCCGUCGGCGGUGCUCGCCCUGGCCUGCGACCCUUUGGAGAGGAGCAUCUACAGCGGCGGGAUGGACGGCUGCAUCCGCGCAUGGCGGCUGCUGGACGCGUCGGAGGUCGACCCGUUCGACGCCACCCCCGCCGGGGUGCGCCCGCUCAGCUGCAGGAGGCGGCUCCACGAGCAUCAGGACGCCGUGCGAGAUCUGUGCCUGGAUCCUCGGCGCGGCCUCCUGGCCAGCGCCUCGGCGGACGGGACGGUGCGCUUGUGGCGCGGUGGCUUGGCCGAGGCGAACGUGACUUCAAAGACAGUUUUGACAGUGCAGUCCCAGGACGAGUAUGGCUUCAACGCGCCCACAGGCGUCGCCUGGGUUCCCCACGCUGGGGCCGCGGGCGGCAUGCUGCUGGCCGGGCUGUCCUCUGGCGCCUGCCUGCUGGUGGACGCAGAGAGGGCCACCGUGCUGCAGAGCAUGGCCGACAGGGUCGUGGCCGCGGGCGCGGUGCUCUCCGUGGCCUGCCACGCCGGCGGCGCCCUGGCGGCGUGCGGGCACGAGGGCGGCAGCGCCCGCGUGUUCUGCCCGUCCACCGGCGAGACCGCGCUGGCGCUCUGGCGGCACGGCGGGCCGGUGGCUUCCGUGGCCUUCGGCACGGGACAGGGGCACGAGGUGACCAUCGGCUGCAACGACGGCAGCGCCCGGAUCUUUGAUUUGCGAAAGGGAGACCAGCCAUUGCAGGUGGUGUCUCUCCACCAAUGCAAGUACAGUGAGGGCUGCCUCUGCGUCAGCUACAGCGACGCGGGCUGGCUGGCGACUGCAGGAGCCGACGCCUCGAUGGCGGUGUUGGCACGGAGGCGGGCGCGGCCUGCAUGAUGCGCCGCGAGUGCCAGCAGUCUACCUUGGCGGCUCGUGGUCGGUAAGGCUUCGGGCUGCGCACAGACAUCCCCCCGGGAAGUCCCGGCUGGCCUCAGCAUGCCCCCCGAGCUGCC